UACCAACACUUUUACACAAGUGGAAUGGAGAAUUAAAUCACUCUGGGGUGAUUUUAUAUUUCCUUAUAGGUUAGAUGAGAACGCCGGUUAAUCUGUGCACGUGUAGCGGUUGAUAUCUAUAAUGUAUGUAAAGUAUACUAACAGAUUUUAAAUUUCUCCUGUUUAUAAUGCCUUCGAAAUGUCCGACGUCUGAUUGUAUUAAGAUUUGAAGAAAGAAAAGAAGACGAGAAAAAGGUAAGCAAAAUUAAGAGGCAAGCAAGAGGCAUGAGCAAAAGUUAGAAAGCAAGGACAAAUAACUAACAUUAGAAGAAAAUCAAGAAGAAUGUCGAAUGUAAUCAUAUUGAGUGAUUCGGAUGAAUCCGUAUCUCUCGUUACUGACGAACAUGAUAAGAUCGAAUCGGAGAUCGGAGGCAAGUAUUAUUCGAACACUUUAAAUGAUUUUGAUUUUCCGGAGGUGCCGUUCUGCCGCGAAAUCGCGGAGAGCUCGUCAUCGCAAGGUGACAGUAAUUUAAAUGCCGACAAUGACUACGAACAUACAGAAAAAUCGCCCGUUUCUGAUUCGGAAAAUCAGGUUGAUAGAAUUUCGCGAAAGGCAACAGUUUCCAAGAAAGAUAAGGUAACAUUGAAAGAGGAACGAGCGAGACGUCAGCAAGCUUUGGCGAGGGAAAAGACCGUAAAAGCGAUCGAGAAGAAAACGUUGAAAAAUAUGAAGCCCGGCGAAUGCAUAAAGUUCAUGGAAGUUAAUCUUGAUCGAAAUAUUGACUCGGUCGUUUCACGAGAAGAAAUUGAGAGUGCGUUACAAAAUGCCGGUAUUAAAUUCAAUGUAACCACCGAGAUAAUUCCUAACAGCAUUACGUGGCGGAGAAACGUCGAGGAGGACUAUAUCGGCGAAGAUAAUAACGCGCAUACAAGGAAAAGUGUACAGACGGAAGAAUAUGCUAUUGUGAUUUGGAGCUACUGUACAGCGAUAAAACAUGUAGCAGAAAACACUUUUUGCACAUCUGUCACAGAGUAUAAAGCUCUAAUACCAAAUUACAAUAUUACCUUGAUUAUCUAUGGUAUGGAAGAGUAUUUCGCAUAUCAGAAGAAACGGAAGUCUGAUCCUGGUAAACGUACCAGACACAAAGGCAAUGGUAAUCAACGGUUUGACACGUUACCAAUUGUAUCAAGGGAGCAAUUGGAGAUGUGCCUGACUGAAAUUCAGUUAGUAAUUAAAUGCAGCAGCAGAUUGAUCGACAAUUUGCAGGAUUUAGCUUUAGUAAUAUGCCAGUAUACAAAGUCCAUUUCGGAAAUACCGUAUAAAUUGCAGAAGAGGAGUCAGGAAAAUAAAUUCAGUUGGUAUGUUAUGGGAGACAAUAAGAACACAGUGCGCGUGGACAAAGAUGGUAAUGGGUUAAAGAGACUGUGGCAGCAACAAUUGUGUCAAUUUAACUUGAGUAGCUUGGAAAUAUCAGAGGCAAUAUGUACAGUUUAUCCUAGUCCAAUUCAGCUUAUCAAGGCUUAUAGAAAUUGCACACCUGACGAAGGCAUGAAUUUAUUAAAAGAUAUAUCAAUACGAAGAGCGGCGGGACCUCUCACAACCGUACGUAAAAUUGGUCCUGAAUUUAGUAAAAAAAUGUACGUGAUGUUUACAUCACUAAAUGGGGAUGCUUUAUUAGGAACUAAGGUAUAAAAUAACU